UGUAGAGCAGCAGCUGAGCGGCGGAAUGCCCCCGGAGACCGUCCAAAUUAAAAACCGAAAGUAGGCUUCUAGUCGUGAUCGGAAAACGGUUCGGCGGCGCGGUUCCGUCCGGAUGUGAGGCCGGCUAUCUCGGGAGGUACGGGACGGUGCGUUUUUCACGCUUGACUCGCCGGGGGAAGAUGUCUCUCCGCGGAUCUCACGGGGCUGCUGCCGUUCGUCAUCCCGUCGGGGCUCGGAGUUUGAGCCGAGCCGCCCGCUGAGCUGGCCCCCCGGGCGCCCGCUGCUCUCGUGCGCCCCGCGCGCGCCGCACACGUCGACGCUACGUUGGGCCCUUGUGGAACAAAAUGACGCGGCUGGCGCCGGAGCGACUGACGGACUUCGGAGACUACGUCCGCGGUAAGGAAUUGAGCGAGUUUCUAAGGCAGUCCGACCCUGACGCGGACGGCGGAAACGGUCUGUCUGACGUGCGCGUCAGCCCGGACGGGCGCCACAUUCACGCCAUCCUCCGUCCGCCUAAAGUCGGUCUCGUGACUUUUGACAAAUACGAGAGACCGCAGCUCAUUCGGAAUCAGAGGCAUCUGGACGCGCGCGUGUCGCGCACCGUGCCCGUGGUGGACGUUGUGUAUUUGGAGUGCAACAAGAACAGCGGCGGCGGCGGCGGCGGCAGAGACCCGGGGGUUGCCGUGGUCGUGGUGGUCAACGAGAACGGCAAAGCAGAGUUUUGGAGAUUUCAGGAGUGCAGAGAGGGCUGGCAUCUCCUGCAGACGUCCGAUUUGUGCAACAGCCCCCGGGCCAGAGUUGUGUCUGUGUCCACCUGCUCCAACGUCAUCAUUUGGUGCGAGGAGAGGCCGCAGUCGGAAAGCUCCCCUGCUGCCAGGAACAACUUUAGAUAUUGCAUCUGCAAACGUGCGUAUGAGGUGGAGGAGGGCUCCGUCCGAUUGGGUGGGGUGAAAAUUGCGCUCCACAACAACCCCUGUUUCACUGUCAUCAGCUCGGCGGACUGUGUUUACCUGCUUCCGGACUCGAAGGAAAACCUGCUGCUGAGCAUCUCUAAAUUCUUCCUUUUCUGGUCCCCCCAGCACGACACCUUCAGGGUCAACAGCACAUGCCAAGGUGCUCUUCUCCGAAAAAACUCCCCCUCAGCUAAGGAAUCUGACUUUAAGAGACUGGUGACAGACUGUUUGGGGUAUAUAUCAUCUCUUGACCCGCCAGAGAUCUUCGGCAGCUCUCCUGCAGCCUGCGGCGGCCUGCUACUUCUACUCAGCACGGGCUGGGUCAGUCUGCUGCAGAGAGACGGGACGCUGCGGCAGGUAUACAAGCUGGCGGACAACUUCUCAGUGAACAGCAGCACACACAACAGCCUCCACAUGUACCAGGACACCCUGGCGCUAACGGUGGGGCGUGUCCUGUACCUGAUAGACUUGAAGUGUGGCAGGGAGCUGCAGAAAAUCUGUCUGAAGAGAGAGAGCUUGCUGUAUGUGAACGGAGCUGAGAAACAGGCUCCUCACUUGUUGUCGGAGAUGGGGAUGUUUGUGGUGGCCCCUCGUGAAUCCGACACCAAGCUGAAUUUCUCUUUUCUGGACACGGCGGGGGGGAUCUGCCCCGGAGCCCUGUUGGUAGAGGCGGUGUUCGAGGAGGCCUGUAAGUAUUACCAGCAGAGGAGCCUCAGCAGCACUCAGCUUACUGUGGACAAAUUGAAAAAAGGAGGUAUGUUCCAGGCCCCUAUUGCUCUAGCCUCCAUCCUCAGGGACUACCUCAGCAGAGGCGGGAGGCUGAAGGGAGCAGAGCUUCCCCAGAGGGGGGAAGAUAGCAUGAGGCAGGACAAGCUGCUGGGUUUCCUAGAGAUGGAACUGAAGGCUCUUAUCUCUCUGGAGGAGGUGAAGGUGAGCUUAGUGAGGAGCAGCGAGAAGGAACUACAGAUGACAUGUGAGAGUCUAGUCCAGAUGGAGGUGGCUAGGCUGCUGUCUUCCUCAGAGCUGGACCGGGAGGCGCUGCUCUACCUCAACUCCAUCUUCACUACCUUCCCCCAUCAGGCCUGGCGGGCCACGCGGGCUGCCCUCCAGCUACACCGCAAUGGGGAGGGCUCCCUCUCCAGCACGGCUCGCCCAGAAGUGUGGAAAACCGUUCUUAGUCCUGUUCCGAUUCAUAGCGCUCAAGCUAGUGCUCCCCAAUCAAACGGCCAGCCAAAACAAAAGCUUAGCUUCAGGGCCAACCCCAUCCCCAACUCUAUCGCUGAGGCCCCACGCCCCAUGUUCCUAGCUGUUAAUCUUGCCCUGCCGCUGUUUGAGCUGCUUUGUCAUUCGGUGCUCCAGUUCCAGCCUGGCUGGUUGCCCGGCUUCCUUGAGCUAGCUCAGCAGCAGCAGGGGUCAGCUGGCCUCGGCCUGAGCCUGUCCUCCCCUUCCUGGAGCUACUCAGGAGGGAGAGGAGGGGAGGGCGGGGAGAACAGCACUCCACUCUAUAAACGGGCCAUGUCCGUCCUGCCCGGGCCAGACACAGACCAGAACCGAGACCUGGAGGUAGAGCUUCUACUGGUCAGCGGAAGGCCCAAUGCCAUUCUACAAGCCCUGCGGAUCCUCAUGAGCCAGCGCCAGUGGGAACGGGUCACCACGGUGGCCCAGACCUUCUGCAAGCAGAGUCCACUACUCAACAAGGAGAUCUUCACCACUUUGUUGUGUGAGGUGGCUCACCACCGAGACCUGGACCCGUAUUUGGACCUGCUCUGGGCCUUGUGCCCCGAGGACCUCACAGUGACCACCAUCCUCAACCUGGUGCUGCAGAAAAUUCCCUCCCCUAACCCCCCACCCCCCCUCGCUUCCUCCUCCUCCCCCCUCUCUUCCUAUUCCUCAUUCCCGGCUCCCUUUGCGGAGUCCCAGGGGAGCAGCCAGCUGACCAUCGGCCUACUGAAGCCCCUGCUGAGAAAAGUGCUCCAGAGAGAGACCAAGCUCAGCCAGCGCUAUGCCGACAUCCUCCAGUCACCCAUCUUCCCCCCGCCCCCACUCCCCCGCGCGCCCGCGGAGCAGCCCAGGGUGGGUGGGGAGCCCAGCGCCGAUAACAGCAUUAACUUGACUGCCCUCACAGACCCACAUGGGCGGGAGCCCUCCAAACACGAGACUAUCCAAGGAGGCCGGACAUCAUUAUCUGCUAACCCAGUCUGACUUGUGUACAGAUGCAUGCACACCAACGCAGACACACACACACACACACGUGUUUAGCGUGCUUAGACAUAUGGCGGUUGAGUUGUUUAGUUGCUAAUGGAGCAGCUUUAGGCUGACUUGUUGACAAAUGGAUGUCGGUAUUGAUGAGGUAUGUGUAUAGCAAGUAAAAUUUGUGAGUCCCCCCCCCCCCCCGGUGCUCUCCGAACACCUACUAAAAUCUACUACAACCUACUAAUGACUACUGAAGAGCUUAUCUCUGUGCAGGCUUUUCACAGUAAUUUUAUUUCAGUGUGUGUACAUAUCUGAAGAUAUUUAAGUACUGACUCUAAAAUGGUCGCCGUGCACACGGGCACAUGGGCAAGGAUGUUUUUAUGCAUAACAGUUCCAUUAAAUAGCCUUUAUCAAAGGACCAUACUAACCCUUUAGUUGGUAAAUAUACUGCAUUGGCAUGAAGUACAAGUAUUUAACUGCUCUCUACUUCAUUAACUCUCCCUGUUGGGGACGUCUAUCUGCUGGCAGAAUAUUCUUUGUCAGUUGUAGGAAAAUCACUCCUGCUAACCCCAGUCGCAGUUCUUAGCCGGUUAUUUGCGUCAGAGCCCUUCUGCCUUUAUGGCUGGAUCUGCUGGCGGUUGUCAGAGCAAACUGGUCUUUGCGUUGGAUGACGUCAUAACCCCUUCCUCGAUGCUCGAUAGUGGUCUUUCCAGAGCUUCUGUAAACCUGACCGGGCCGCCCAUCCCCGAUCGCCAGCUUUUAACCCCCCCCCCCCGUGUGUCCUUUUGUGCCCGAGCUUAUCUCGAGCCGUUCUCCAUCUUGUCCCUCAGGACCUCCCUGCCAAAUCCCAGUAGAAGCGGCCCAUAGUUCCUCCUCUAAAUUGAAUUUUUGAGGUAAUUCUUUUAGAGUUCUUGUAGGGGUGGGGCAGGGCGCAUGCUCACACACACACACAAGCGGCACAAGGUCACGUCCUGCGUGGGCCAAGGGAGGGCAAUAUUAUUAGAGACGUUAGGCCUUGUGUCUGCCCUGUUAGCGGGAACAGCGAGUCUGCUGCCGGUCUCCUCCUGUCUGCCGCAUCGCGCAUCUCUCUAGAGACUUCCUGACGCGCUGUGACGUGCGGCCAUAACGACAAGCGCUGCGAACAGCGGACUGCUGAAAGUGCCCGAAUCCUUCGGUUGAAGUGUUCUGAAUGUUAAAUUGUGGGUUUAAAUCCAACUCAAGUGUUUCAAUGUAUUUUUUUUGGGGGGGGUGAGGUCUGAGGUCCAUCCCAGAAGAAAAAUGUUUAUUUAUUACAUAUCAGAUUUUCUAAUCCGGAGAAUAUUACCUAGACUGUCUGCGGAGCAGGAGGAGCACGCGGACGAGUGAGGAGGAGAAGAGCGUUCGUCGUGUCCUCCGCAGGAGGCCUCGGUCUCGGUCGGACUCUUAAGUGCCUUCGGAGCGCCGCGCCUCGUUCGCAGGCCGGCGUCACGU